CGAGUAUGUGACAGUUAGUGAAUUCAAAGACAACAGAGGAGGAGAAACCAUAGAGGAGACAACAGGCUGCUGGGUUCUUUGAACAUUUUCAGUUGAAGUUCAUCCACCAAAAUGGAGAUCCAAAAAGACCUCAGGAUGAGACGACCUCAGAUGGAGAGUUACGACCAAAAGCUGGAACAACGGGCAGCAAAACAUGAGUUCUUGAGAGAUCGCAACAAUGUGACGACAUGUCGCAGCCCAGGACACAAGCUGGAGGCAGACUGGAAGAGUGAGAUGCAGCAGAAAAGACAGAUAGAGUUCCAGAGAAGGAGACAGAUUGUCCAGGCUGCCACUCAUCAGGCUGAUGAAAAGCAGUCAAACAAGGAGACCAAAGUCAUGAUGAGGACCAACAGGCAGAGAGUGCCUCUCAUCCACAGACAGUCCCUCAUAUCAGCAGAGGAUCUGGGGAUCACCUGGCCAGAUGUACACUCCAUCGGGAAGGCAACAUGGAUCACCUCACCACCACUGCAUGGGGCAGGAGGGAAAAACAAAAUAGGGCAGCUUCACUCUGACGUCUCGCAGAUAUUCCCUCAAACACCACAGCAGCCCUCACUGAGGAAGAGUAUGGAUAUCAGAGAUAAAGUAGUUAAACAGGACCAGAGUGGCCUAGUAAUGUUAACCAGGCAGCUCCAACAAAGGAAUGUCUGCUGUCAGACAGAGCAUGGCUAUAGCACUGUGAAGGAGACAGACCUCGUUCAACUCUCUGAGUAUCUACAGGAGGCUCUGCGGCGAGAGGAUUCUCUGAAACAGAAGCUUGCUCUACUGCAGCACACCACCUCUACUCUACUGCUCUCACAUAACAAUGUCUGGAAGGUCUGUUGCAAAGAGGACAAGAUGAAGGGAAAGAUUGGGGCACUAGAGUCACAGCUGAAGAUCUGUGUGCAGAGGCUGUCCAGGGAUGGAGCCAAGAAGCUGCUGCUACAGUCGGAGCAGCAGAGGCAGGAGCUGGAGGAGAUGGCCGUGGCCUCACUCCAGAGGGUCACUGACCAAAAAAACAAGGCCCAGGACAGGGCUCACAGCCUGGAAAUGGCACUGCAGACUGCCCAGGUUGAGUCAUCACAGUGCCGAGAGCGCUAUGAGGAAGAGAGGAGGAAAUGCACCCAGCUGAGGACGUCUCUGGUGCAGAACAUAGACCAUAUAAACCUAUUACAGAGCCAACUAGAGAAAGUGAUGGGACAGGAUGCAACUCUGGAGAGUCAGCUGCUGCAGCACCAACACACUGAGGCUGAGCUCCACCUCAAGAUCAACCUCCUAGAGGACAACCUCCACACCUGCAGGACACAACUAGAGACAUGGAGACAGCAGCAGCAAGACACCAUGAAACAGCAGGAGAUUGUCAGAGGACAGCAACAGGACUCCAUAGAGCAUUCAUUGGAUGAGCAGUUUCAGCCAGCCAUGUCACACCACAGCAACAAGAAACAAAGCAUGAUGGAAGCCAAUAUCGAAAGGAGAGAGAGACGUUGUUGUCCCUGGUUCAUCCUAACCCUGUUCGUGGCAGUCAUGGUGGUGGCCAUUUUGACAUUGUUACUGGCCAAUAUCCCCACGACAAGAAAUCAGCUGUGGGACCUUUACCAAGUACUACAGGAACACACAGAGAAGUACCUCUAUGACAUGACAUUACCACAGCAUUGCUAUAGGCCCAUAUGACAAGACCUGGGAACUGAACAAACCCCUGAAGAACUUGCUCUAAAGGGUUUGGGAAAUACAGUAUGUUCUAUGUAUUUUUUCCAUCACACUGGACGCAAUUUAUUUUUGUCAUCGUAAAUAUCUUUGCAUCUUGAAGUCAAUUUGUAUUCAUAACCAUGCGUUAUGGUUACUGCCUCGUUCAUGCUUACUUGUUGUAUUUCCUCUGUAUAGUUGACACAUUUGCCACUUAUAACUGGACAGUAAAACUGACAUUUUAAAUAAGACCGCUUUGCUAGUUUUGGAAAAUUUUAUUUCAAAAAAAGGAAAAUACAAAUCAUUAGAGGGAAAAAGAGUUGAGAUCCUUUAACAUUAAGUGCACACCCCGUAUACUAUUUUCAUAGGCCAAAACAAAUAGUUUAAAUUCCAUAUAAUGAUAAGUGUAGGAUAUACAUAUGGAAAAUCAUCAACAUUUAAAUGAUUUUCUCUACUAGUACCUUUAAAUGAUCUCCACAAAAAACUAAGUUAUAGUAAACUGUUCACAUACCUAGCAAGACCAGUCAGAAUCGCAUGAAGGAAUGGAUCUCAACAGUCAUGGGCGGAAGGUAGUCUAGCAGUUAAGAGCGGGGAGCCAGUAACUGAAAGUUCGCUGGUUCAAAUCCCGAGCCGACUAGGUGAAAAAUCUGUUGAUGUGCCCUUGUGAAAGGCGCUUAACCCUAACUGCUCCUGUAAGUCGCUCUGGAUAAGUGUGUCUGCUAAAUGACUUAAAAUGCAAAUGUCACAAUGAUACUUUUUCUUUAUAUUGUUUAUAA